AUGCUUAAUCGUCUCCAUGGCCAGCCCGAGAGCUAUGACAAGAAAUCCAAAUACCGCUUUGGUCGUACUCUAGGUGCUGGAACCUAUGGCAUCGUCAGGGAGGCCGACGGCCCGGAUGGAAGGGUGGCUAUCAAGAUCAUCAUGAAGAAGAAUGUCAGGGGCAACGAGCGCAUGGUGCUGGACGAGCUAGAGAUGCUCCAGCGCCUCAAGCACGACCAUAUCGUCAAGUUUGUCGACUGGUUCGAGUCAAGAGACAAGUACUACAUCGUCACCGAGUUGGCAACCGGAGGAGAGCUAUUCGACCGGAUCUGCGAGCAGGGCAAGUUCACGGAGAAGGACGCAUCGCAAACCAUCAAGCAAGUCCUAGGUGCCGUCGACUACCUGCACAGAAACAAUGUCGUCCACAGAGAUCUCAAACCAGAGAACCUCCUCUACCUCACCAAGGCGCCUGACUCAGAUCUUGUCCUUGCCGACUUUGGCAUCGCCAAGAUGCUCGACAGCAAGGAUGAGGUCCUCACAACCAUGGCUGGAUCCUUUGGCUACGCGGCGCCCGAGGUGAUGCUGAAGAAGGGCCACGGCAAGCCCGUCGAUAUGUGGUCCCUUGGCGUCAUCACAUAUACGUUGCUCUGCGGCUAUUCGCCCUUCCGCUCUGAGAACCUGCAGGACCUCAUCGACGAGUGCAGCGUCGCUCAGGUUGUGUUCCAUGAGCGGUACUGGAAGGAUGUCAGCGCCGACGCCAAGGACUUCAUCAUGAAGCUGUUGCAGCCAAGGCCAGAAGACCGCUGGACCAGUGGACGCGCCCUUUCCCAUCCCUGGCUCAGCGGCGAGAACGCGACCGACCACAACUUGCUGCCCGAGAUCAAGGCCUACCUUACCCGUGCACGCUUGCGGCGCGGCAUCGAGAUGGUCAAGCUUGCAAACCGCAUCGAGGCGCUUAAGAUGGAGGAGGACGACCCAACCAACUCGGACUUUCCAAAGGACGCGACGUUAGCUGCCGACCAAUCACUCUCUACUCCUCCGCCCGAGGCAAAGCCAGGUAGUAGCGGAUUGGGGAGUGCCAGCGCCAGCGACGAUGGCGGCGCGAAGCGCUCCCUCUCCAAGACUAUCAAGGGCGCUAUCUUCCGUGAGGUCGUCCUGGCCAAGGUCCGCGAAAUGAAGGAGAAGGAACAGACGCUGAAGUUGACGGAAGAGGCAGAGAAGGAAGCCAGGAGAAAGAGCUUCCAGGGGUAA